AUGAGGCCUGCGAUCGUUUCAGGGUGGUUGCACGCCCUUCUUAUCUGUCUUCUCCUACAAAAUGCCCUCGCCAUUGACGUGAACCCCGAUGACGAGAGCUCUCUCAAAGAUGCUGCCAAGACGGUGGCAUCCGCCAUGAUUGACUUUUACAACGAGCGCGACUCGAAGGAUAUUCCAGGUAAAAUGGACGAUACCUGGUGGGAGGGUGGCUCGAUGUUUAUGACUCUUAUCCAGUACUGGUAUCUUACAGGCGACAGUCAGUUCAACGACGAUAUCCAGGAAGGAAUGUAUUGGCAAAAGGGCGAAAACGACUUUUUCCCCAGCAACUACUCCCAGUACCUUGGCAACGAUGAUCAAGUAUUUUGGGGUUUAGCGGCGAUAACUGCCGCAGAGGUCAACUUCCCAGAAAGAGACAAUGAAGCCUCAUGGGUCUCUUUGGCUGAGGGUGUCUUCAAUGGACAAAUUCCUCGCUGGGAUAUGAGCAGUUGCAGUGGGGGCUUGCGGUGGCAGAUUUGGCCCUACCAGAAUGGAUAUGGGUUGAAGAAUGCUAUCUCCAAUGGGGGUCUAUUCCAGCUGUCAGCACGUCUAGCCCUAUAUACCAAGAACUCGACGUAUGCCGAGUGGGCUGAGAAGAUUUGGGAUUGGAGUGCGUCGACACCGCUGUUAAGAAAGAGUUGGGUCAUCGCCGAUACUACUUCUACCGCUGCAAACUGUAAAGAUCACGGUGAUCAUCAAUGGACCUAUAACUAUGCUACGUAUAUCUCUGGUGCGGGAUAUAUGCACAACUAUACCAAUGGCACCGAAAGCAAAUGGCUGGAAGGCGUCACAGGAUUAAUGAAGACAUCCGAUCAGUUUUUUCCUGACUCUGCUUCGAAUCAAGUCAUAUCUGAUAUUACCUGCGAGCCAAUCAACAAAUGUGACCGGAACCAGAAAACGUUCAAAGCCUAUUUCACCUCCUGGCUUGGAUUUAUGUCGCUGAUUGUACCAGCCAAUACCACGGCAGAUAUGAUGGCAAGAUUCAAAAGCUCAGCUGUCGCUGCCGGUCAGCAAUGCUCUGGCGGGACCGAUGGGAAGCAUUGUGGGAUCCGUUGGACAAAGAAGGCGGAAUGGGAUGGAACUUCAGGCCUGGAGCAGCAAAUGUCUGUUUUGGGGGUUCUGAAUGCUGUUAUGGUCCCCUUCAAGGCACAGGGUCCUUACAAUACCGACAACGGUGGCACAUCCCAAAGUAAUCCGCAUGGGGGCACCAACACUAAGGAAACACUGGGGCCUGAGUCUAUCGCGACAGGUGAUAAGGUUGGCGCGGGAAUCCUAACUGCAGUCUUCGUGGUAUUUUGGGUCGGGGCCGUAUCUUGGAUGUUGAAAGGCCAAUAA